UGGCAAGCUUCCUGGGGCUAGUGGUCCUGUGGUCCUCCCUCUCCCCGCGGCCGGACGACCCGAGCCCGCUGAGCAGGAUGAGGUUGCAAGAGGAUACUACAUUUCACGUGUACCACAGCACCUUCUACCUGUGAUGUGCCCGAUGGAGAUUGGUGGGAAUGUGGCAGACGAUCUGAACUAGGUGGACGUGACUGACUGGUUCCUCUCAGCCCAUUCAGAGUUGCUGCAUAUUGCUGAACAGCUAUUGUGUUUCCUUCCCUCAAAGAAGACAGAGAUGUCAAUAACCCCAUGCCUAACCGAGGAGGCAAUGGAUUAGCUCCCGGGGAUGACAGAUUCAAACCUGUGGUACCAUGGCCUCAUGUUGAAGGAGUAGAAGUGGAUUUAGAGUCUAUUAGAAGAAAAAACAAGGCCAAAAAUGAACAAGAACACCAUGCUGGCGGAGAUUCCCAGAAAGACAUAAUGCAGAGGCAGUAUCUCACAUUUAAGCCUCAGACAUUCACCUACCAUGAUCCUGUGCUACGCCCAGGGAUCCUCGGUAACUUUGAACCUAAAGAACCGGAGCCUCACGGAGUGGUUGGUGGCCCUGGAGAGAAAGCCAAGCCAUUGGUUUUGGGACCAGAAUUCAAACCUGCUGUUCAAGCCAGCAUUAAAGAGUUUGGAUUUAACAUGGUGGCAAGUGACAUGAUCUCACUGGACCGCAGCGUCAAUGACUUGCGUCAAGAAGAAUGCAAAUAUUGGCAUUAUGAUGAAAACCUGCUGACUUCCAGUGUUGUCAUUGUCUUCCAUAAUGAGGGAUGGUCAACCCUCAUGAGAACAGUCCACAGUGUAAUUAAGAGGACUCCAAGGAAAUAUUUAGCAGAAAUCGUGUUGAUUGAUGAUUUCAGUAAUAAAGAACACUUAAAACAAAAACUCGAUGACUAUAUUAAGCUGUGGAAUGGCCUAGUGAAGGUAUUUCGAAAUGAGAGAAGAGAAGGUUUAAUUCAAGCACGAAGUAUUGGUGCUCAGAAGGCUAAACUUGGUCAGGUUUUGAUAUACCUUGAUGCCCACUGUGAGGUGGCAGUUAACUGGUAUGCACCACUUGUAGCUCCCAUAUCUAAGGACAGAGCCGUUUGCACUGUGCCGAUUAUAGAUGUCAUAAAUGGCAACACAUAUGAAAUUGUACCCCAAGGGGGUGGUGAUGAAGAUGGGUAUGCCCGAGGAGCAUGGGAUUGGAGUAUGCUCUGGAAACGGGUGCCUCUGACCGAGCGAGAGAAGAGAAUGAGAAAGACAAAAACUGAACCAUAUCGGUCUCCAGCCAUGGCUGGAGGAUUAUUUGCUAUUGAACGAGACUUCUUCUUUGAAUUGGGUCUCUAUGAUCCAGGUCUUCAAAUUUGGGGUGGCGAAAACUUCGAGAUCUCAUACAAGAUAUGGCAGUGUGGUGGCAAAUUACUGUUUGUCCCGUGUUCUCGUGUGGGACAUAUCUACCGUCUUGAGGGCUGGCAAGGAAAUCCUCCACCCCUUUAUGUUGGGUCUUCUCCAACCCUAAAGAAUUAUGUUAGAGUUGUAGAGGUGUGGUGGGAUGAAUACAAAGACUAUUUCUAUGCUAGUCGUCCUGAAUCAAAGGCAUUACCGUACGGGGAUAUAUCUGAGCUGAAAAAAUUUCGAGAAGAUCACAACUGCAAAAGUUUUAAAUGGUUCAUGGAAGAAAUUGCCUAUGAUAUCACGUCACACUACCCUUUACCACCCAAAAAUGUUGAGUGGGGAGAGAUCAGAGGUUUUGAAACUGCUUACUGCAUUGAUAGUAUGGGGAAGACAAACGGAGGUUUUGUGGAACUAGGACCUUGCCACAGGAUGGGAGGGAAUCAGCUUUUCCGAAUCAAUGAAGCUAAUCAACUCAUGCAGUAUGACCAGUGUUUGACAAAGGGCCCUGAUGGAUCAAAAGUUAUGAUUACACACUGCAACCUAAAUGAAUUUAAAGAAUGGCAGUACUUCAAGAACCUGCACAGAUUUACUCACACUCCUUCAGGAAAGUGCUUAGAUCGCUCAGAGGUCCUACAUCAAGUGUUCAUCUCCAAAUGCGACUCCAGUAAAAUGACACAGAAGUGGGAAAUGAAUAACAUCCAUAGUGUUUAGAAAGAAAAAAAGGAAACAAUAACCUACCUACUGACGCAUAAAUUUAUACAGGACUGAAAACCGCCUGAAACCUGCUGCAACUAUUAGGAAUUUUGUAUAGAUUCAAAUCCGGAAACUCCUGAUCAGUUUGAAGGACGUUGAUAAACUGUGAUUUUACGAUAACAUUAUCAUCUGCAGUUACUGUUUACAAAACUGCUUUUACCUUAAACUUUGUAGAUGUUUACAUCUUUUUUGUUUUGUCUUGUUUUAAGAUACUGUUGGUAAUUUGUGCGUUUAGCUCUGUUUUAUUAGAACAGAGUUAAAAGCAUUGUUGUCUUCUUUGGGAUUACACUCAGGGGUCUGAAAGGCAGUUUGAUUUUUUUUUUUUUUUAACACACUUGAAAAAAGGUUGG